CAGACAUCCCCUCCCGACCUCGGCUCUAAUAUACAAAAUCCACGCUGUCCCCAAUGCCUACACACCCUCUCCACACACUUCUUGGCUCUUGUCCACCACCAUCACCUCGCCGGCGGCAAUGUCGGCGCACCUCGCCGCCGCGCUGCUCCUCGCGCUCCUCGUCCUGGCCAGCACCUCCGACGUGCCGUCGUUCCCGCUCUCGCAGGUGCAGAACCCGUCCAACGCCUCCUCCCCGUCCAACGCCUCAUCCCCGUCCUGUCACCUCGACCUCUCCGCGGAGCUCUUCGGCGGCGUGGCCGCGGCGUGCGGCGCUGGUGGAGGGCCGGGGUCGCUCGACCGUGGCCGGUGCUGCCCCGUCCUCGCGGCCUGGCUCUUCGCCGCGCACGCGCGCACCGCGCUGUCCGUGCCCCCGGCCCCCGCGCCUGCGCUCGCCGGAGAGGAGGGCCUCGGCCCCGGGGACGAGGGGCCCAUGGUUCCGUCCGACAACCAGGGGUGCGUGGACGCGCUGGGCGCCGCGCUGGAGGGGCGCGGGGUGUCGCUGCCGCGGCCCAACGCCACGUGCGACACCGUGCUCUGCUUCUGCGGCAUCCGGCUCCACCAGAUCGGCUCGCUCCGCUGCCCCGCCGCGUUCGCCGUCGGCGCCGAGGCCAAGAACGCCACGCCCACCGCCGCGGUCAAGGAGCUGGAGAAGAGCUGCCGCAACGCAUCCUACGCCGGCUGCUCCCGCUGCGUCCAGUCCCUGCAAAAGCUGAAGGGGAACGUCAGCCGGGAGGUUGCCGGCGGCGACCGCGCGCGGCGGAUGCUCGGCCGGGACUGCCAGCUGAUGGGCCUGACAUGGCUGCUGGCCAAGAACAAGAAGGCCUACAUCCCCACCGUCUCCGCUGUGCUGCGCGCCAUGCUCUACACCGCGCACCCGACGGAGUCCAGUGGCUCCGGGAGCAGCAACGGCAGCGCCGCGCCGCGGUGCAGCCCGGACCAGGAGAACAUGCCGCUGGCCGUGGAUUCGCUGCAGUUUGAGCACACCAGCACCAGUAGCUCGGCCGCCGCCGCCGUGCCGCACGUCGUCGCUGUCCUUCUUGGUCUCGUGCUCCGCCUGACGAUCCGGGACGCGUUCUUGUAAUUUUUAAGAGGGCAGUGAAGCCUUCGCCGAUAUGGUGUCUUGUAGGAGUUGUUUGUUAGCUUCUGUGUUUGCACAGUGAUGAUCAGUUAGCAGAUUUGACAUGGCGAUGUGAUGUUGCUGGCUGCGAGGGGAGGGUGAUGGCUAAUUGGCUAUGAACAUCGCUAAACCUCAGUGCGUUGCGUUUCAUCCUGGGGUAUGUUUACCACUUCUUUUUGUGAAUGAAGUAGUGAACUAGCUUUCGAUGAACUCCAGGUUAAUGUGUUCUCCAAAUCAUUUCACUGGUUGGUGUAGUGGUUAAUGGUUACUAUAGUGGAAUGAAGAUGUAAGAAACGGGCUACA